AUCUGAGAUAAGCCGGUCCUUGGCACUAGUAGUCUACAUGUUGAGACCUAAUAAAUAGACAUUGUGAGUGUCUUGCGUUCUUUAACUUUAGUAAAUCAAUUCAACUCGAAGUAGAUCUACAUCAUGAAUACAUUGGCUUGUUUUGUUGUACUACUGGGUGUGGUGUACGCGUCACCCAAGUGUACAAAAGAUGCUCAUGGCGUGUACAGAUUUAAUGGUAAACCUUGUGCCAGUACAACAAGAUACGAUGAUGGACACAGAGGAGCCUGUGGCUGUGGUCCAGCUAACUCUGAUACCCCGUUUGCCUGGAACUUGGCUGACUUUGUCACUGCUCCCAACCAGAAAUUCUUUGAUGAUGGUGGCGACUCACAGUGGUGUGGACGUAAUUGUGGUCACUGUGUCAAACUGACACCUACUGGUGGUUUCGUAAAUGGAGAAGGCGCUGCCCCACACAGCUUGACACCACAUAUUUUUAUGGUCACAAAUGAUUGUCCUAUUCAAGGAAAUGAAGAAUGGUGCGGACAAACAGGCAAACCUGGAACCAACCAUGUCAACACCAAGGGCUAUGAAGUCCACUUCGAUCUUCAGAACAACAAAGGACAAGUGUCCAACCAAUUGGGCUGGAACAACCCUGAAGUCACUUGGGAAUCAGUGGCCUGUCCAGGUGACCUCGUCAGCAAAUGGCACCAAUGUGAAUGUUUUAGCCACGCCGGAAAAUAAAAGUCCAAUCUCA